AUGACUGUACUAUUUCGCCCCUGUUCUCGCUGCAUCGCUCAAGCAGCCACAAGCUAUGGUGCUCGACUCGGAACCACAACAUCGCGGAGCUUCUCUUCGUCUUCUACGAGACUGAGCUCGCCACCGACCGACCCGAAGGCGAUAGCGGAUGCCUUUCUGUCCAAGUUCUCCAAGGGCCAGACGUUCGUGCGCCGUCAGCUGCUGGACGCAAAUCAGAUCCGCCUCUUCUCAUUGACUUUGAAUCGACCAUAUCUAUGGCCUACUAGCAGCUCCGUUUCGUCGUCGACCAAGACGCUCGAGGAGGCAGAGCCUGUCCAGGGCACGCCAAUACCACCGGCCUAUCAUCUAUGCUACUUUACACCAGCUCAAUUACCUGGCAUACUGGGACUCGAUGGCACGGACGCGAGUUUCAACCCCGACGCACCUUUCACAAGACGCAUGUGGGCGGGCGGAUCGUGUCAUUGGCCCGGCGCCGAUCCCAACUCAAUCAGACAGGCACUCUUGGUGGUCGGCGACACCGUCACCGAGGUCACUAGGGUAUUGAGCUGCGAGCCCAAAGUUAUUGGCAAGACUGGGGAGAGUAUGCUGGUCGUCGGCGUGGAGAAGGAAUUCCGGAAUGGGAAAGAUGAGCUGUGUGUCCUGGACCGGAGGAACUGGGUCUUUCGGGUCGCUCUCGACCCUUCCAAGACUGCUCCACUGGUUCCCAAGCCGAAGGAAUUGUCGCCGGCGGAACUUGACAAGAGCGUCGAGGGGAAACUAUGGCGGGAAUACAGCCGCGACGAAGCAACACUGUUCCGAUUCUCGGCGUUGACGUUCAACGCGCACAGGAUCCACUACGACAAGCCCUGGGCGACGGAGGUCGAGGGCCACAGGAAUGUGGUGGUCCAUGGUCCGAUGAAUCUGAUUGCCAUGUUGGACCUAUGGCGAGAUGAGGCCAGUGUCUUUCGAGGGGUGGGCGAGGGGUCAAUGCAGGACGAUGAAGUUGUAUACUAUCCGCAGAUGAUUGAGUACCGGGCCACGAGCCCCGUAUAUGGCAGGGAGCCCUACCGGGUGAUGAUGAAUCAGGAGGCGGUGGACAAGAAAGAGGCGGAGACAAAGGUGGUGAGUAACGACGGGACGGUGUGCAUGAAGGGGACUGUGACGGAUUGGUCGUUAAGCAAGUAG